AUGGCCAAGCGGUUUUCUCAGUGUCUUAAUCUGUCUGCAGAGUCGGUGAAGAACAAGACUGAGUUUCUGGUGAAGGAGAUGAAUUGGCCGAUAAAGGCUUUGGUUUCAAACCCUGCAGUGUUUGGAUACAGCCUGGAGAAGAGGAUUGUGCCGAGGUGUAACGUUAUCAAAGCUCUCAUGUCCAGAGGAUUGCUCGGAGAUAAACUCCCUGCAACGUCGAGAGUGUUGGCGAUUACGGACCAAGCUUUCUUAAACAAGUUUGUGAAGAUACACAAUGACAAGGAGCUGGUGCGUGAACUUGUGGCUAUCUUCACCAGAGGUCGUGUUUCAUAG